CGUAAUAGUUUCUUCUUCUCCUUUUCUUUCAAUUUCUUUUAUACUCUCUCUGUUUCUUUCUCAUAUCAUUCUCUUUAUAUUUCCACUUACACGUGAACCUUCUAGAACUAUAUAACCAUAGCAAACACUUCAUUUCCACUCCAUGGCUCCGCCGGUGGAACACAACGCUGACUCCACGGCUGGUGACUCUCAAAGAUCCAUUCCGACGCCGUUUCUAACCAAAACCUACCAGCUAGUCGACGAUCACACAAUUGACGACGUAAUUUCUUGGAACGAUGCUGGAUCGUCCUUCAUCGUCUGGAACCCUACCGUUUUUGCCAGGGAUUUGCUUCCUAAAUAUUUUAAGCACAACAAUUUCUCUAGCUUCGUUCGCCAACUCAAUACUUACGGAUUCAGAAAAGUUGUGCCUGAUCGGUGGGAAUUCUCGAACGAGUGUUUCCGAAGAGGCGAGAAACGGCUUCUUUGUGAAAUUCAGCGCCGGAAGAUUCUCUCGACGUCGCCCACGGCAUCUUCGAAUGCCGGAGCAACUGCGACCUUAGCGGUUCCGUCCCCACGACCGCUAUCUGCGAUUCGGACGGUGAAACCGAUCGUGUCGCCGUCGAACUCAGGGGAGGAGCAGGUGAUGUCGUCGAACUCGUCGACGUCGAGAGCGCCGGCGGAGCUGUUGGACGAGAACGAGAGGCUGAGAAAGGAGAACUUUCAGUUGACGAAGGAAUUGGAGGAGAUGAGAUCGCUCUGCAACAAUAUAUUCAAUCUAAUGUCGAAUUUCGCAAACGCUCAAGUGGAUGGUAGUGUGCAAGAUAGGGAGUGUGUUUCCAUGGCGGCGAAGACGCUUCAUUUUAUGCCGGCGAAGUAUUUCUCCGGCGAGGAUGUGGCGGCGAGGGCGACGGAGGAGAUGAACCCGAAGCUGUUUGGGGUGGCGAUUGGUACAAAGCGAUCGAGAGAGGAAAGACAUGAUACAGUAUUGAGCCUGCAGCCGUUUCAUGCGGACGUGAAACCUGAACAGUUAGAUUUCCAGAGACUUAGCCAAAAUGGAAGAACGCCGUGGCUGAAUCACUGCCAUAGAGAGAAUCAGAGAGUGUGUAAUUGACUCUUAAGAGUAAGGCAACAUGUUAGGUUAAGUUA